GACUAAGACCAGCAAGCCCAAGCGGGGACUCAACAAUGGCGAUUUUACCUGUCAUCCAGCCUGCCGAUCGGACAAGGCUUCCUCACAACAUCGUCCGCUCGUCCCUGAGUUGAUAUUCUAACCAUCGUCCUCCCUCGCCGUGGCCCAAGCUUGAUCUGCCACCAUACCCCGAACCCCUCCACUCAUAAUUAGCUUCGCAUCCUCCCACUUCCCCAGAUCUGACGGCGCUAGGACAUUAGAUGAAACUCUGUCAGAGGUGGCCCGGACUUUAUCGACUACUCUGGAUAGUUGUACCACGUCAGGACCCCGGAUGCGGUGUGUUGUGCAGACCCCAAUUUGAUUACCUUUCCUCUCUUGGGAUAUCUGUUGAUGCCUGACGCUACUGUGAGCUCGAUGGUUGCGACUCGUUUGUUCCAAGGCUGAAAACAUGUGGAUGGUUUCUCUGACCACAUGAACCGACAUUGAUGGCGCGGAUACUCAGAGACGGCAAACUGCCUAAGACGACAUAAUUCAAUCAGUUGAGGGGCUGAGCGUGUGAAUCUUGCAAUUCGUUCAAGUUGCCAUUGGCGUUGUGGUCUUCACUUCGGUUGGCUUUAAAUACAGCCUGUGACGCUGGCGCAAUCGAUACCCGGCUCGUGCACACGGAAUGCCCAUUCUGUGUUUCCCUGGCUUCGCAUCUAUCUAUUACUAUGUCCGUUUCAUCUACGAAAGACCCGCUGGAUGGCAUCAGCGGCGAGCUCGCAAGCAGUGGUGGUGCCUUCAAAGCCACUUUGUUGUUCUUUAUGGCUAUUGCCUGUUACAAUGUGGCUGAGCUAGUUGUCAUGGUCCUAUCAACCUUUCGACGGUGGAAGGGCCUAUAUUUUUGGAGUUUGCUGUUAUCGGGCUGCGCAGGCGUGCUGCCAUACACAUUGGGGUUUAUCAUGAAGUUUUUUACGCAAGCCCCUUCGAAUCUCUCUGUCACUAUACUCAGUAUCGGCUGGUGGGUCAUGGUCACGGGCCAGGCGGUCGUGCUGUACUCACGACUUCACCUCGUCAUUUGCGAUGAGCGCAUCCUACAGCGAGUGCUGUAUAUGAUUAUUGCGAAUGUAUUCCUUCUACAUGUACCCACGACAGUCCUCACAUACGGAUCCAAUGCUGUCGGCGAAGAACAGCCGGCCUGGGUGAUCGGAUACAAUAUUAUGGAAAAGGUUCAGAUGACCGGCUUUACCAUCCAGGAGAUUGUUCUGUCUGGACUGUAUAUGUGGGAGACUGUGCUGAUGCUCCGGAUAUGUCUUGUCCGGGAGAACCAAAAAAUCAUGUAUCAGUUGAUCUGGAUUAACAUCGCUAUGCUGGUCAUGGACCUCAUUUUGCUGGGUCUUGAGUACGCCAGCUUCUAUGCCGUGCAGAUCACGCUAAAAGGAGCGAUAUACAGUAUCAAACUGAAGCUCGAAUUUGCUGUUCUGGGCCGGCUCGUCGCCGUGGUACAGAAUCGUCGGCCAAUCUCGAUCGAUCGGGACAUUAAUCUCUAUUCUUUGGACCGAGAAACUACCGGUGCUCCUGACCGGAGCCUAGCCUCUGCUGGAGAGAGUGUAUCCAGCCGCACACCGUUUUGUGUGCCAGCCACGGGGUACGCGAAUGGGACACACAGAAAUAUCAACCUCGACACCGGAAAAAUCGUGACAAUGAGGGAGCUUUCAAAUUGGGUUCAGCGGCCAAAUGACGAUCACUGCUGA